AAUGUAGCUUACAUUUUGUAAAAGAGUUUUGCAUAGGAAUGGUGAUUUCACAGCUGUAUCAAUUCUCCCGCUAUCCUCUUCUUUAGGAAAUAGGUUUUCAAAUACAUUAAAUUGCGAGCAGUUUUUUUGUACGUAGAUAUUUAGGGCUUCAUCGAAUUUCUACUGGCAUCCAUUUCUGCGCAAAGAUUAUAGCCAUGCGUGUCGGUCAGCAUCAUGUUGUGUGAGAAAGAGCCAACGAAACGAUAAAGUUUGUUCCAAGUUAGUGUGAAGCUACCUAAUAUACAAUGACGUUCUUCAUUUACCUAGGUUGUACAGUUUGUGUUACACGUAAAGUGUUGUGAUAUGUAAAUUUUUGCGCCCAAGUUAUAUGAUAAAUAAUUUUUUAGGCCAUUCGAGACCACCCCGGUGCAUCUUCAUAUUCUUUCAGUUCACAUAACAGUCCCUCGUAUGCUCUGCCUAUGAUUCGGCUCCUGUUUAGCUGUGACGCCGGCGCGAAAUCAGCCGCCCUUCAAAAACUGUUCCUUACCAUUUCUCUUUAUCGGAACCCUGACGAAGGCUUCGCCAUCGCAUGCAGGGUCCGCGGUUCUGUUCCAACACAUCCACAUCUACACAAAGUAUAAACACGAUUAGCAGCUGGCGCUUGCUCCUGGAACACUAGGGCCACUAGGACGUUCACUCCCUAUGGCAGUCGUCUGCUAUCCUUUGAUCGACCAGGUUGUUACAAGCCCUCUCUCUCGCUCUCUCUGGUGGCGAAAAAGGCAAAGUUCUAGAAGAGCAGAAGCAGAGGGCUGGCUAUCGGCACUGAGUGACUGCGUAGCACCGUUGUCCCCGUGUUGGUGCAGUGGUAACGUAUUCGCCCACUAAACCUUGGGACACGUGGUGGUUUAGCUUCGAAACCGCGCGUAGGAACACUUCGUUUUGUGCUGAGAGCUAGCCGUCUAAAGCAAUGUCUAACGGCUUAAGUACCAGUCACGUCGCGGCCGUGUUUCCGUGCGGGUCGUGUCUAUCAAUUAGCUAGACAUAUUCGGUUUUUUUAGGAAAGUUUGUUUGCUGCCGAUUGAAUAAACGUUGCUGGGUAUCUGUUCUCCAGAAAGCUAUUAAAAUAACACCCAUCGCUUGUUUUUCACUGCUCAGCUGUUUAUUUUAAGUUUUUCUCGCGGUGAAAGGCAAGAUCUUGUUGUUUUGUUGCUGGAAGUCGGCCACAUUGAAGUUGUCAUUGAAGAGAGAAGGGGCAAAGCAAAAACUGCGAACAAAAACGCCUGACUAAUAACAACACAACCGUUAAGAGUUGCUGGUUAUACGGACUGCGUUUCAAUUCGAAGAAUGAACAACAUCGCCUUACAAUCUCAGGCCCUAAAGAGGCAUAGUUUUUGUGGCAAAGUCUACCUCUAUCUCUGAUCAGAAACGGACCCGUUCAGGCUGAUCUAAUCGCAGCCUGGAAAAGAUAUCGACGACAGAGACAUGGGACGACAACGCGACACCAUUGGGCGACCAAACGUAUCGAGUGACAGUGAGCGCCGGGAAUUGCAUUGCAAAAUGUACGUGCUGCUGACAUGGUUCGACUUCCGCGUUAACAUGCCUGCUGGGUUUUGCCGCUAUUUCCAUUGCCUUCGGCAUCGUUUCUAUCGUCAGAUACCAUCACUAGGCUCAACUUCUUAACCUAAUCAUCGAAUACGCUAUCUUUACUUUUUCUGUUAUGGACAGGAACAUUGUUAAUAUUGUCACUAGUGCUGUCGCUGUUACCGCUUUGUCGUAGUGGCUGGUUCCGCAAAUUCCCCAGUAGGUCUCGUAGCGGCCGACAACUUUAGUUUCUUUUCGGUGAACGUGACCGUCGCUGUCGUCGUUUCAUCGUUAUCAUUAGUCGUUCAACAUUGUCAGCGCUUUCUUGUGUCGCUGCUGUGGUGCGUUAGCAGUUUAAGACUUUUGGUGGCAACAGAGAACUGAUCUACGACCACAAUUCGGACAGACUGCCUGUCUGCGACGUCUUCGUAUGACAGCUUCGAAGUGACGAACAGUCAGUGACGAAAAUCUAGCGGUGCUUGCGCGCUUUUUCCUUCAUUAGUUAAAUCGUGCAGUAGUGGACAUAACUUGGCUGGAUAGCGGAGCGUGCGUUCCAAUCGACAGGGCCGUCAUCAGCCGCGUGGACAUACAAAGAAAUAAUUAGGUUAACCCGGAUUAUUUGGAUGCGGGUGAUUCCACUUUGUCUUGAACGGUGGAUAAGGCCAUAGAGAACCUCUGUGCGGAUUAGCGUUAUGUCCUCUAUGAAGUAAAAAACAAAUUAAGAGAUACCAGAGUGAUAAUAUCACACAUGCCCCUACUACUAGUAGUAACGCUAAUUCGGAGAAUUGGUGCACGUCACAGCGUUCGCUCUUCCAUGCUGGUGAUGGUGAGACGUUGCUACGCUAUCCAAUAACGAACAGUUUUGAUACGAGAACAGAUACGAGAAAGAUAUACAGAUGCUGAGCGACGAUAUAGACUGCGCGCGUCGGAUGACAGCUAAGACGAUGCACGGUAAUGAUGAUAACCUUUUACGAAGUGGGCAUCGCUUCUCACCUUGUUCACACAGACAGUUACUUUUAUAUUACCGAUAUUAACGGCUGAAUUUAUUGCUGCUUGAUGUCGAUCUACGUAGUGACACUUGCGUGCAAAAUUAAAGCAUCUACGAUGCCGUGUCAUAUGCCCUAGCCCUAGAAGCAGGCGUAACAUUUGCCCCUGCAGAAUAAGGAAAUAGUCGAUUUCUAAAAAGCAGCAGAUUCCCAUGCAUGGCUGGUUGAUAACGAUCGAUUAAGAAAAUGAGACAUCAAUAAAAGGAACACGGCGGAAAGUGAUAGAUUUAUUUGUUUGUCGUUACUGUUGUCUUUGUUGCUGACUAAUCAUACCAGCAGGAGGUAUCGACUGACCUGUACAUGGGGGAUGGGGAGGGGGUAUGGAACUAACGGGCGGGUGUUGGUUGCGAUGGGCCGAGUUGCGGAAAACCGUACUAACCAGGUAAGGUCUGGUGUACAGCAUACAGAGACAACACCCGUGCUCUGAUGUCGUAGGUGACCGUAAUGAUAUGCCAAUUGUCAUGACUGUUGUAGUAAAAUUGUUUGUGUCGUUGUUAUUUCGUUAGAAACAGUGAUUAUGACGGUGACUCUAGCGGCUGUAGCGUCGGCUGUAUUGGCUGGCCAAAAAGCAUAGUCCGAUUGGUUCUUAAAUCAGUGUUGACGGGUUUCUUUUCCGUGAGUUAAUCCACGUUCGGCUAUCAGGAAGCUGCCAUUGUCACAGAAUACUGGUGCAAAUGAGAUGCCCUUCAAGCUUCGGACGUAUGAGAGACGCACGCUUAGCAUGAUAUUGUCUAUGUAACAACACUAGCGACUGGUGUUCACUCGAGUGGCAUCGAUAGUGAGAUCCACACUUGUUCAGCCAGAAGAGAUGAGUUCAGAUUAGCUAGUUCAGAAGUAACUACCGUUGCCACUUACUAGCCAACUCUUACUUCAUCAUCUAUUAAAUACUACAUACUAUUAAAUUACUUCAGCAUCAGCACCUGUUAGCCAGUGCUACCAAUUUUAUUCUUCCUCUAGGAAAAAGGAAACCUAUAUUAAUAAUUUGUGAGGGGAAUAACAGGAAGCCUACAAACUUGUCGAUUCCCGCCUUCGAUGUACUAACAAUGCAAAGACUUCAACCUACAUACAGCUAUAGCACUCAGGAAUAGUACCAGCAGCAAACGAGACUAAAACCGGUAGCCAACGGUAAACAACCUGCGUUUUGUUGCUUAAGAGAAUGAUAAUAGCGCCAUUGGCAUCCGCUCUAAUUUUGUGGCAGUAUUUUUUGCUCUGGAAUUGGAUCGCAUUCGUGCUACAAAGAUAGACGCUGCACUUAUUGGGUAAGCAGAGUCAAGAGUCGUAUCCACUGCCCUGACACGCCCUUUGCGAACGCGAUCUGCAGCACCCACCGGUUUAGAGCUGCGGGUUUUUUUUUGAUAAAAAUAAGGUUAUCUUUGCGACAGUCAUACAGAUACGUUCGCCUCUCUCUCAGUCAGUCAGUCAGUGAGUGCAGGUCAAAGUCGUCAACCUUGAACCGUCAUAUAUCGUCGUAUGCGCCACGCGUAGCGCUUACUGUUUUGCUCGCCACCGCGCGCAUGCACUCGUACGUCUCGAGGCCAAGGCCAGCUAAGCUAAUACGAACGCAGAAACACUGGAAGAAUCGGAGCAAAGCGAGGGAAUUGAUGAUAGCAGGUAGUAACAGCUCUUAACAAUAACAAGAGCAGCUACUGUUACUAUAUACUGGUACAAGGGUGAUAAGCGCAAAAGCAGCAAACCCAACCAGGCCGAUCUUUUAUGAAAGCUACUCCCAUUUGCUCGUUUAACUGCAUCCUUUCGCGCCCCACUUUUCAACACAACUCACAGACCAACCGUUCUGAUAUCUUCGAAGACGAUACCGCGAUAGUGCGUGCUCCGCCCCACGGUCGAUGACGACAUUGAUCUCAAUAGCAACAUUUGCUGAGACAGCACAACGGCUCAAUAAUUAUUGUUGAUCUAGUUCGAACAACGUUGCAACCAAGUGGAAGUGCCAAAAACGGCCACUGCUUGGCGUUAUUCUCUGGGACCGAUCGCGGAAAAAAGCCACAGAAUAUUCGAGGAUCCGAGGUAGUCAGCCGGCCGCGUUUCAUAUAUGUGUAUAUUCAAAGAAAAAGAGAAAAGAAAUAUAUAAUAUACUGUAUCAUACAUAUUGUAUGUGCGACGGCCGCAUACUAACGUAACAGCACGUACAACAACAAAAGCAAGCGUUGUUGUGAUACGAUUCAGUACACUUGAAGAGGCAGGGGCAAGCAAGCGAAAAAGCGAUACCGUCCGUUACUGCUUUUCCGUUGACUCUGUCUUUUGUUCUAUGUCGCUCUAAAAUGUUACGCCACCGCCGAACGGCUGACCUCAGCAAGUGCCACUGGUAAGAACCGGACGAUGGCUGCUAAUGCCAAACAACAGCGGACUCGAAACGGAACGAGCGGCGACAUCAAGAACGCGAAUAAGCAAAUAAACAACAACGGGAUUGAGGCAACAUCGGCCAAAGUUACUCGUAGUUGUACAAUAACCAGCGACUAUUCAACGACAAAACUGCCAUCGCGGCUGACAACAGCAUUGAAACAAAAACAACAUAGCAAAUGUAACGACAGGACAGCAGCGACGGUCAUCAAUUUUCGCAGGCAGAGGCGUAUUCACAUUUAUUCGACUUCUACGAUGUGAUAGGAUCAAUCGUGUCGCCACUACGGGUAGAAUAGCAGGCGUUGCGGGAUGUAGUGCAAUAUUGUGUGGACCGUUGUUCCAUUAGGGUGUUACGCUGAGUUUAAGGCUCGUCUUGCUGGCUGUUGCUUUUUUGGUGUUGUACGGUAUAGGGAUUGAGACAUUGCCAGACGCCCAACAGUCAACCAGUAACAAGCAUGACAACACAAUAAAACUACGUUGAUCAAUAGCACCCCAAUGAAUAACCGCAACAGAUAGCUCGACGGAGGUAACCGCGACGAAGACGGCGGUACGAGGAGGUGGGCCCGUACGCUAGAUAACUAGUGCGAUGAGCUGUUUGACCGACAGACGAUGAUGUUAUUUUGCUGUUAAUCAGUCACUGAUUAGUGACUCGUGUGCGCGGUCAGGGGUCGGCAGCGGUGCUACUAGAUAGGGCAGUGGAUGAAUGGAGACGAAAUUGCGUCUUUCGGUCCCACCGAGUGACUGAUAGUACUAGAACAUUGUUCAUGCAUACAGAAGUGGUUACGUGAAGUUACAAAAAAGCAAAUGUCGUGAAGCCAUUCCGUGCAAGCUUGGUCGUGAAUCCAUUUGGUUGGACACCGAUGGAGAUUAGGUAUUGUCAAAGAGAAUUCAACAUGAACCCCAUGUCCGAAUUGCAAAAUAUGGAGAGUCCGGGACCGGUUGGCGCUGAUAGCCCGCACGUCUUUCUCGAUAUCCGGAUAGGAGAUGAGCUGGUGGGCCGUGUGGUUUUCGAGUUGUGGGAGCACUUGUUUCCGAGUACCGUUGCCAAUUUUGUUGCAAUUGUAAAGGGUUCCGCGAGAGGCUCUUCUGGGAAGCUCCUAAGUUAUAGGGGAACUCGCAUACAUAAAGUGAUUCCAAAUUUUGCAAUUCAAGGAGGCGAUGCGGUAAACAACGACGGCACAGGCAGCGACUCAAUCUUUGGCAGGUUCUUCCCUAAUGAGGGACCUUGGAUACCGCACGACGAGCCUGGACUUCUUGGGAUGGCUUCGAAUGGCCCAAACACAAAUGGAUGUCAGUUUUACAUUACGACAGUGCCUGGCUGUGAACAUCUGAAUGGGCAACACACAGUGUUUGGCAAGGUUAUCAUGGGCAUGGGUGUCAUAAGGGAAGUUGAGGUGGUCAGCACUCAUAGUGACGUCCCGGAUGAGGAUAUUGUUAUCGAAAACUGUGGCAUAUUUCAAGUAGGAAUGUUGUUGGGACCUGAGGAUCCAACGGGUGAAGACAGAUACCCACCUUUCCCAGAAGAUUGUCCUACCAGCCUUCUUAAUCAACGGUCUCUUCAGGAUGUAACGGCUGCUGCAACACUUAUACGAAACGUCGGCAAUAACUAUUACAAGAAGAAACAGUACGUAAACGCACACAGUAGAUACAAAAAAGCCCAACGGUAUCUAAACAAAUAUCAGGAGUUAGCCGGUGAGCUUACUGCCUACGAGGACGCAGAAUUCACUAAAGCAAUUCUCCCAAAUGUGCUCAAUUCAGCCGCGUGUAAAAUCAAACUCAAGGAAUACGACCAGGCCCUCGAAGCAUGCAAUGAAGUCUUGGAUUUGGCACCAAGCAACGCGAAAGGACUUUACCGUCGUGGUCAGGCCUAUCAUGGCAAGGGGGACUACGACAGAGCCAUUAGAGACUUGACGCACGCAAACAAACUGGUUCCUACCGAUGCAUCGAUUUUGGCCGAACUGAAAGCUUGUCGUGGGGAAAAAGCAACUUAUUGCGCAAAAGAGAUACAGGUCUACAAGAAAUAUUUUGCAGGACUUAAUGACACCCAGAAGGCACAAGCAGAAAACGUUCAGCCACAACAGGACCCACAACAACAACAUCAGGUUGAAGCUCAGACACAGAUGCAACCACAACGACAAGAUGUGGCCCACUCCAACCUCCCGGCGCAGCCUUUUCCGAGUCCACCAAGCGCCAACAAUACUCUUCAGUGCCAGCAACAGGAGCCGAUCGACCACCAUGCCGGACCCUCAGGAUACGCUCCACCAGUUCAACGAGUCGCAGCGAUGCAGGUGCAAGCGAACUCAGACGAUAGUGACGACACGAUGAGUUAAUCAGAGAUUAUCAUCAUUAACAUGAUAUAAGGAUCUAAUCCCCUUGUUUCGCCUUACGAGGAGGCGAAUAAGGAAUAGGCGUGAUCCAAGAUGAUGACUCCAGGAAAUCGGCGAAAACGCACCAAAGCCAAGCGAUAAAUACGUCGAUGGAGGUGCCCUUAAAGGUGGGUGCCGGUGUGGCACGCCUUUACGCUGAGCGAAAUAAGGAAUGUAAAUAAAACAAUGUGAGAAAAAAAGUCGGAUUCAGCUUACCCUGUCGUCAGCUCCCUACACCCUAAUUUCUUUUGACGAUAAAGGAGCGGAUCACUGAUGUAAUUACUUUUUGGAGGUGACCAUUUCGACCAGACCAAAUGUUGCAUGUCCAAUUCCUCAGAAACGCAGUGAGACAUGUUCUUGAUAUUUCGACCCUUCGAAGAUGAUAAUUAUGAUAGCUUUAGAAUGAAAUGUACCAUUUAGAUAGAUUUAUUAUCAACUUAGUAUCUACCAAGUCGAGAACAACCGUGACACACGACUUAUGCCAAUAAUUAGUACUUUUGCUACUGCUCUUAUUAUAAUUACUAUGAAGACUACAGAAUUGGACGUGGAUCUCGAAAAAGGCGAUAAGUAUGUUUUUUGGCACGACACAAAAGGUGUAUUUUGACUGUAGCAUCUUACUUCUAGCAAGUCUAUAACCAAGGGAAAAAUUGGCUUCAGAUGUCCAGAAUAUUGUGUGUAUUAUAUUUCGCCUGGUUUUAUAACAGGACAGAGAAACUAUCAAUAAGCGAAAUCCUAUACACAUGUGACCAAGGGAUGGACACGUUAAUAAAUCUGCGAAGGUUAAUGAUGCGAUUGAAUCGUACAGGCAGAUCAAGUGACAGGUAAGGUAGAAAGGCAGCCAUUGUACCAUUUCUGUUAAAUAUUAUAUUGACACUUUACACGUAACUUUACAUAGGCGAGGGUAGAGCACUAUAGGCUAAAAUUCGGUUGAUCCUGUAACUGAAAACAAUCGGUGUCACUGAAAGGAAAGAAAUAUGCUAGUAUACUCGUCAAAGACGCUUUUAUCAUACAGCCUAAAUGGGCUCAUUGCAACUUAAUGAUUUGCGGGGAGAUAUUAAUUGACCUGUAUAGCUCCACAAAAGAGGAUUAUGUGGGCCACACAUGGAACUUUAUGGGCUGCCAAUGAUUUCAUGCGGAUAAGUCGGUCACUGCACAAAAUGAAAGGGUAAAUGUUUUUUUUUCUAGAAAGGGUUGUGAUAAUGGCCAGAGAAGUCGAUGCUUUAUAAUUUUACUCCCAAGUUAGGUAAGUGUUACAAUUCAUUAGGUUCUGCUGUGCACUGUAAAAUUAAUUUCCGAAUGGGUCAGCUACUAGCACACUCAUUAAUUGCAUUUUAUUUGAAAAGUGUGGAGCUACAGUAAUAAUGUGCGCACCGUUCUCUAAAGCCAACUAGACCAGACAGAGACCUGUACAACUGUAGUGGUUAUGUAUGAUUCUAGGACAAACAAUUGUCCGCGGUAAAUUCUGACCCGUAAUUGUUUCCAGUGUGUCUUGUCUGAACAAUGUGUUAUGCUAACAGAAAUAAUCAAAGCUUCUUCAAAAGCAGCCAUAUGUAAUAUGUUUCUGACGACAUCACAUGUGGUAUAACGAGUGCAAAAUUAUGAUGACUUAGUUUAACUUGACAUAUAUUCAUCCCUCUUAAGCCAAGUUAUACUUCUAGAUUGCUUGGUUCCUUUAGUUUCGCUGUAAUAUUAGCAUCGAUGGCACCCAGUCUCUAUGCUCGGAAUGCAGUAGCCCAUGUAAUCCCAUUUGAACCUGGCUCAUAUAGUCCCCAGGGUAAUUAUGUAAUUUAACGCUACGACUUUUAUAUAGCGUAAUUUGCGUUUAGUUUGCCUUUCAAAAAUAUAGCUUUGGGUUAAGUGAAAAUGUUAGAAAAAGGAAAUUGCUCGUAUAUAUAUGUAUAUAUAUAUAUAUAUAUAUAUAUAUAUAUAUAAUUAACGUGAAGCAUACAUGUAAGAUUUAAACAAGUCGUCGCUAGGUUAGCCACCUAAAUGCGUAUACAAGGAUAAUUAGGAUGAGCUACCUAUCGAAGUCUAAAACUCGGAUAAAAGUUAUUACAGCGUUGACGAUCUCUGGUAAUGGAAAAAAAAAGGUUAUCAUGUAAUUGCUGGUGUGACGUGACUAAUACUACGAGAACUAGAUAGCCUACUCUUAUUAUAAUGAUUUUCGCUUACGUAUUAGAUGAGCCAAAGAUUAAGCUAAAGCGAAUAUACAUACAAAACGUACGUAUGCUUCGAAAAUAUUGUAUUCUGCGAAUGACAGCCAUAAAGGAGACUCGUUUAUGGUUCAAAAGAUAUGCCAGAGGUCUAUUUUUAACAGGCAGUAGGGCACCUUAACGUGGGCUUGCAAUUAUGCCCCACUCGAUAUGUCAUGCAUCGCAGUGUGUUGACAAGCGUAAUUUUAAAUAUAGUAGGUUGCUAAGCUUAACCAGCAAAUUGCUACAAGGCAUCUAAGAUCCACUAAAUUAGUUGUUGUUCGCAAAAUUGACAUGAUCGUGAGUUAGGUAAAUUUAUGAACGUAUAUAUAUAUAUACAUCUGUAUAUAUGCUUAUAAUUGAGUGAGUCUGUACGAGUAAAGGAUAUGAAGAAAAUCCUGAACAAGAAAUGAAUGAUAAACAAGACUGAAUGAAGUGAAUUGUCCAAGAUCGAAAUUUAGUGUCAUUAUCAUGUAGCAUACGUAUCAAGGUAACCAAAAUUAUGGUGUUCAAUAUGCAGGGAAGCAUAUUCUUCCCUCCAUUAUUUUCACAGUUGCAGUGAAAACAAUUUUAAUGCUGAUUAAACUAAAAAGCAUUAAAGUAGGAUUUGUAUGUAUUUAUGUGGCAUUGAUAUUGUUUAUGCGUGAGUAACGAGCUUCGCACGAUGACAACUAACACUCCGAUAAGUACGUGUGGCAUUAAAUACGCUCAUCUGACGCCGACUGGGUAUUGCAAUUGGGGAGACUGUUAAGACACGGCUAGCACACACAAACAGAUGCAAACGAACUACCAACAUAAAUAAAAAAAUAAGUUACCUAAAAGAUGAAUGAAGUAUAAGCUGACUUAUACCUUCUAUUUGUGUCUUUUACAGGUGCCUAUUAGCUCAUUAUUCUGUGUGAUAGACUAAGGAUACCUUUGUUACCACAUAACGUUGAAUUCAUCAUUCUUAACCACGAUUGAAUUUAAUUUUUAUGUUGAGUCAUUGAGACUGUGAGAUAGUAGUCGUGUUAUCUAAAGAGUACCGUGAAAAUGUGAAGUUACUAUAGCUCUACUAUAGCUUAUACUUGAUACACUUGACGCCGCAGU